AUGGUGCUGCUAUUGCAGAACCCCCUGCUGGGACUGGUGGGGAUGCUGUUCUGGCUGUGUGUUCUGCCCUGGGCUAAGGGUGGCAAGGUGCUUGUGGUACCCAUGGAUGGAAGCCACUGGCUCAGCAUGCUGAAAGUUGUGCGGGAACUCCACGCCCGAGGUCACCAAGCUGUGGUCCUUGCACCAGAAGUGAAUCUGCACAUCAAAGAAGAGGACUUCUUCACUCUGCAAACCUUCCCUACUUCUUACUCCCAAGAGGAAUUUGACAAUGAUUUCCAACGUCACAAUCAAAUGCUCUUCAAAACGCAACAUUUUCUGAAGACAUUAUUGGAAACUCUCGCAAACUUAAAACGUGGUUCUGAGUUGUAUUAUGAGACCUGCUCAGAGAUGUUGCACAAUACAGCCCUGAUCAGACAUUUGAAUGAGAGUUCCUUCGAUGUGGUUCUAACUGACCCUGUCUUCCCCUGCGGGGGACUGCUGGCUAAGUACCUGUCGAUUCCUGCUGUGUUCUUUUUGCGCGCUGUUCCUUGUGAUCUGGACUUUGAGGCCACAAAGUGUCCCAAUCCCUCCUCAUAUAUACCCAAGCUCAUGACAAUGAACUCAGACCACAUGACCUUCCUGCAAAGGGUCAAGAACAUGCUCUACCCUCUGGGCCUCAAGUCCAUUUGUCACAUGUCUUAUGAUCCUUAUGCAAGCCUUGCAUCUGAGCUUUUUCAGAGAGAUGUGUCCUUGAUGGACAUCCUCAGCCAUGGUUCUGUGUGGCUGUUUCGAGGAGACUUUGUGCUGGACUACCCUAGGCCCAUCAUGCCCAACAUGGUCUUCAUUGGGGGCAUCAACUGUGCCAACAGGAAGCCACUCUCUCAGGUAGUAUUGCUGCCUUUCUCCUGUUGGUGCUACAGCUAG